GGGGGUAACUCCCUUCCCCCCAGGGGGCUGCGAGGAGCCCCCGGUUGCCAGGUUGGGGACUGUUUGGAUGAGGAGAUGCCGUGGAGGGGGUAGGUGUGGCAGCGUUGUCACUGGGCAGCCUCUGCCUUCCUCAGCCCCUCCCUGGCCAGGCCCUCCUGGGUGGGGGUGGGAGUGUCGGGCUCAUCUUGCAACCAUUGUUCUGCUCAGACCCUCCCUGGUGAUGCUGAAUCCCCGGGCCUGCAGAUUCUGCCCCAAACCUGUCGGACCAGUUGUUUGGGAGGAGGGGGCACCUGGGAGGGGCACCGGGAGAUGCCAGGAGUGGCCUCCCCCAGCCCAGCACAGGCGCAGGAGCCUCCAGGGCGGCGGACACUGCAGACUCUUAGACGACCGACAGACUGCUGGGUGCUUGGCCUGGCCAUGGGACACAGCGGGGGACAGUCCCAGCUGCUCAUGCUGCUGUUGGUGCUGUUGACCCUCGUCCAGCCCCGGCAGGGCCUGGAGCACAUCGAUUAUGUGCCCCGGCUCUCGAGCGCCACCCUGGCGGGGAGGCUCACCCAGUCCACUUUCACCCUGGAGCAGCCGCGGGGCCUGUUCAGCAGCCCCAGCAUCUCAGACCAGGACGCCAUCUGGCUGGUGGUGGCCCGCAGCAACGCCACCCAGAGCUUCAGGGCCCCAGAGAGUGUAGCGGUCAGCCCUGUCCCUGCCGACUUCCCCCAGAGUGGCUACUACCUCACGCUGAUGGCCCACCGGGCGCUCUACUCCGGGGGCCAGGCCAGCAGCCAGCUCCGUGUCCUCCGUGUGGGCAAUGACACUCGCUGUGCCCUGACGACUAGGGGCUGCAACCGCCCCCUGCCGGACUCGGGCCCCUACAGGGUGAAGUUCCUGGUGAUGAAUGACAGGGGACCCGUGGCUGAGACAGAGUGGUCCAGGGGGACCCAACUGCCCCAAGCCCAGAAGCUCCAGGUUGUCCGGGGGGCCCAGAGCGCGGGCACCGUUGUCAUCAUCGCCAUCCUGUCGAUCCUCCUCGCUCUCCUCCUCACCGCCCUCCUCGCUGUGCUCAUAUACACCUGCUUCGACAGCUGCAGGAGCGCCCCCAUCUCGGGCCCAAGAGAGACAGUGAGUGUGAGGAGAUACACCACCCAUGAUGCGUUCAGCACUCCCGCCGUGGGGGGCUCCUGAGGGCCUCCAGGAGCGCCAUCCACCCCAUAGCAUCUCCCUGGCCCGGGCUCUGCAGUCUGGGCUGGGACACAGCCUGAAGCUUCUGAAGCCCUGGGAAAGAUUGUUACUAGAUGAGGUUGGGGGAAGGUGUCCUUAGCCCAAAGUUUGUGCCAGUCCCUGUUAGA